AUGUUGGGCCUCCCCUCUGAUCUCCAACGCGAGAUCCUCCUCCGCCUCCCUGGCUCCUCCCUCCUCCGCUUCCGCGCAGUCUGCAAGUCUUGGUGCCACGAGAUCGACGAUCCAUCCUUCGUCAGGGCCCACACGGUAAACAACCACCGCACCUCCACGUCCACCUCCAACCUCCUCCUGACAACCCCCUCUGCCAUCUACUCCCUUCCCGUCGAUUCCUUGAGGUACGUUGAUGGCCAGCGGACCCUCAGUGCCACCCGGGUCCAGAGCGCCGCCCUGCUCCGGCCGGGUCUCUUCGCGGCCUCCUGCAAUGGCCUCGUCCUCAUCUCCCACUACGACUCCACCAGCACCUGGGUGGUAUGGAACCCACUCACCGGAGAUUAUCUCGAGCUGCCCCGGACUGGCCUCGAAGACAGCCCAUUUGUGGGAUGCGGGAUAGGGUAUGAUCGGUCCUCAGACGACUACAAAGUCAUUAGCGUCCGCGAGGUUGUGAGGUCAGUGUACCAGACUCACAUCUACAGCCUCAGAUCCAAGUCAUGGAAGAGGAUCGAGGACUGCCCGUCCCUCCUAUUGUUGUCGAUUGAAGCCACAUUGUUAAACGGGGCAUUGUACUGGUUUGCAGAGGACUCAGUAGUUGCGCUGGAUCUUGCCACCGAUAGGUUCCGCAAGCUGCCCUUGCCAUAUUCUGGUAUGUCUUAUAUCUUGGGCUUCGAGGUGUUGGGAGGGAGUUUGGUUGUGGUUAGAAAUGUAGAUAUGCGCGAAGCCUGGGUUUUGAAGGAGGAUUAUGAAUGGGUGGGACUGUCCACGCCCAUGGGUCUGAGCCUCAUCAAGGACGAAAAGCGGCUUGUGCUUCCUUGUGGCCGCUUGAUUAUACACUGGGAUUUACAGACUCAUUCUCAGAAGCUGAUGAGAAUCGAGAAGCUGGUGAAAAUAGGUGACCCUUUGUGUACUCACAUUGUUGAGGAAAGCAUUUUCCGAUUUGGCCGUCCGAGUAUGGCGGCAAGAGUGAAGAGGAAGAGUAUCAGCGAGGCUGAUGAGAGGAGGAGUGCAUGUGUUGAAAAGAUUCAAGUCCUCUUCUGUGAAAGACAGAGAUCCCAAAGACCACCACUAUCGCGCAGCCGCCGUUCGUUAGCCGGACAUCCGCCAUCGAGGCCCGCACUUGCAGAGACCACCACCGUGUAUCCCGAAUCACCCACCGCGCAGCUGCCGUUCUUCCGCCGCACAUCCGCCAUCGCAGGCUCGCCGUGCCACCGUGUCGCCGUGUACUUUCACAAGCCCCUUGUUGUGCACCCGCCGUUAGUCAGCCUCGCCUCCGCCAUCUCAGGCCACCGUUCGUCCGCUGUGCCGCCGUCCCUUCACAAGCCCGCUGCCGCGCAUCCUCCGCUCGUCACCUUCAUAUGUCUCCGCCGGCUUUCCCUGCGCAAGCGGUUGUACCUGGCGGCCAGUGCCUCACCGGCGGACACACACACAAUCCGAUUCACAUACUCCCUCCGCCGCCACCUUUUUCGGAAAAACCUCUGUCGGGAUGACCACUAG